UGGGCAGAGGGUUCUGAGGGGAGGGCUGGGGGGGUUAGCGUACAGGGCAUUGUUGGUGAUGGGGUAUGGGCCUCUAUGUCUGCUUCUGUUCCUACUGCUAACCCUGUGGUUGUCACCCCCAAUCCAGGCUUUGAGCAGGCCUGUCUGGUACCAGGUGGGUCUGGACCUGCAGCCCUGGGGAUGCCAGCCACCAGGCCUGGUGAGCUGUGGAGGGGGUCUGACCUGCCCUGGCCGAUGGAUGGGCUUGAGCACCAUGGGCAGUGUCUACCCCCUGACGGCUGUCACAGUCACUGUGUUGAUAGUGGUUACCCACUUUGUCUACCAAAGGCGACAAAUAUUCUCCCGAAUCCUGACCACCCAAUCACAGUCGAUCGUGCCUCCAGAGCUCCUUUUGCCCCCAAGCUCGGGAUCGCCGCCUUCCGACCGUGCCUUGCUCUGCAAUGUACUGCACAUGCUGGAUGCCGUCCUAAACCAUAUUGAGGGCCACCUUCGGCAGCUGGAAAACCAUUCCUCGCCCUCAGCCUCUGCCAUCCGAAUAAAGAGCCCCUCUGCCUGUAGUGCGUAA